AUGCAGUUCACCACCAACGUCUUGCUGCUGGCCUCGCUGGUCGCCGCUGACCAGCUUGUCACCCGCGGCUGCGUGCAGACCGGCGGGUAUUGCACCAUGGCUCAACAGUGCUGCGGUAUCGCAGGUUAUUAUGUUAGCUGCGCGUCCUCGUUAUGCAUGGCCACCAUUCAGCAGGGCACCGCCCAGCAGCUCUCGGAGACGGACCGGAAGUACAUCGAGUGGAUGCUGAAGUACCCCCCUGGGGGGCAGCAAUCCGCGCAGCAGCAGCAGCAGCAGCAGCAGCAGCCAUCUACGCAGCAGCAGCAGCAGCAGCAGCCAUCUACGCAGCAGCAGCAGCAGCAGCAGCGCCAGCAGCAGUACGCCGCGCAGCAGCAGCAGCAGCAGCGCCAGCAGCCAUCUACGCAGCAGCAGCAGCAGCAACAGCAGUACGCCGCGCAGCAGCGCCAGCGCCUGCUGCAGCAGCAACAGCAGCAACAGCAGCAACAGCAGCAACAGCAGCAACAGCAGCAACAGCAGCAACAGCAGCAGCAAUACGUCGCGCAGCAGCAACAAGCCGCGAAGCAGCAACAGCAGUACGCCGCGCAGCAGUCCGCGCAGAAAAAAUCCAACCUGCGGAAGCCCGGGCAGCAGCUGCGGACUAAGAAUCGUGUUACCUUUGGUCCGAAUCGCGUAAAGUAUUUUAGCAAGCGGGUCUUGCGCGCGAAAGUUGAUGUUGCGGCGCGCUCGGAUGAAGAGCAGGGUGCGGGAUACGACGAUUCCACUGGCACAGGAUACGGCUAUUAG